AUGCCUGCCGCUUGUUCAUCAGAUGGCCAUCUGAUGAACGUUUUGGAGCGUCCACAAGCGUGUGGAUGUACUACGAGUGAGUGCGAUGGCCUCACUUGUGGUACGGUCGUUAGUGCGACUGCACAAAACCUUAGUGUAACAAACGGUUACACUUUGGAGCAAAGUUCCGGCGGCUGUGAGGAAACACAGGCUGCGCCGAAGGUCCACCCCUCGAAUAAGUCGGGUGGACUGGGACAAAGAUUUAUCCCUAGAGGGGAACAUCUAGAAGAGAAACAAUCGAUCGCUCAGGUUGAGCGAAACGAUAAUCCUAGAUCGACUGGAGAGUCUUUCGUAGAGGAUCUCGCUGUGGUUGCGCAACCCCAGCUAGAGGAAGUAAAGGGAAUAAGUCCCAAGAUUACAAAUACGGCGGAAAUAAGUUCCCCGAAACCCGCGGGAAUAAGUCCCCGGGAAGACGAAGGAAUAAGUCCUUCGAAGCCUGAGGGAAUAAGUCCCCAGGAAAUGACAGAGACAUUGAAUGUCAUAGUCAAUAACGGAUCAAGUGUAGGCGCUUAUACACUUGAUCUGAUUGCGCCUCCGAAGUUAACUUCGGAGAUCACUCAGUUGCCAACGCUCGAACAUAAAAGGUUCUUGCGUGAUCUGCGUAGUGGCAAAGUCAAGCAGAUCUGCAUACUCGUCGCUGACGACGAGUGUGUAACCGACAUAAGGUCAGCAACAGUGUUUACUGAGAACGAGAGAGUUCUCAGUAGUUCAUCUAUGGACGAGAGUGUCCUAGAUGAAAAGACACGAAUUGAGCGAUAUGAGUCCCAAUCAUGGGAAUCGCUCAAGAAAAAUCCUCUCUAUGAAGAUUUGGUUGAAUUCAAGGAUGUAUUCCCUGAAACUGUUCCGUGCGAAUUACCAAAGGAUAAAGGUAUUCGUCACGAGGUCGAGCUUAAACCAGGCUCGAAGUACUGUGUCAUGAAGCAGUGGCCACUGCCUCGUGAACAAGUACUUGCGAUCGACAAGUUCUUUGCCGAUCGUUUAGCAGCGGGCCAUGUGAGGGAAUCAACUUCCCCACAUAGCUCUCCGACCUUCUGUGUGCGAAAAGCAACAGGAGGGUGGCGGAUAGUGCACGCGUUCAACAAAUUGAACGCUGCAACGGUACCGGCUCAGACGCCGAUACCGAGGAAGGACGUAAUCAUUGAUGGUAUGUCAAAGAGUACCAUCUUUUCGUCCAUGGAUUUGAUGGAUGGCUUCUAUCAAAUCCUAAUGCGGAACGGGAUAUACCCUAUACCGCAGUUAGCACGCCUAGCGGCAUGCUCUGGGAAUGGCUAG